AUGGCUGUAGAAAGGGAGGAGAAUGAGCUUAGCGAGGCAGUCAGAGGGCUGUUUGCAACAGUGAGAGGGGAACUGGCAGCAGUGAGGGAGGAGCUGGCAGCAGUGAAGGGGGAGGUGGCAGCAGCAGUGGCGGAGAAGGCGGCACAGGAGAGUGAACGAGGGUUGUUGUUGGAGAGCAGGUGCGUUGUGGAUACAGAACCUGUCUUUCCUGCCACAACCCCCCUCCCUCCUCUAUUCCUGCUCCCUGAAUUCAUCCUCUCCUCCUGCCACACCUCACUGUGCAGGCGCACGCCCUGCAUUGGGCUCGCCCCAUCAGCCAUGGCUCGGAUGACUGCAGUGCCCAUGCUUCUGCCAGGGCUGCUGCUCGCCCUCCUUCUCGCCGCUGCCAUCAGCAUCACACCAACUGGCAGGCAGGGACGCUUCCUGUCAAGCUGCCCUCACAGCUCUCCUGCUGCCCUCACAGCUCUCUUGCUGCCCUCACAGCUCUCUUGCUGCCCUCACAGCUCUCCUGCUGCCCUCACAGCUCUCUUGCUGCCCUCACAGCUCUCCUGCUGCCCUCACAGCUCUCUUGCUGCCCUCACAGCUCUCCUGCUGCCCUCACAGCUCUCCUGCUGCCCUAACAGCUCUCCUGCUGCCCUAACAGCUCUCUUGCUGCCCUCACAGCUCUCCUGCUGCCCUCACAGCUCUCCUGCUGCCCUCACAGCUCUCCUGCUGCCCUCACAGCUCUCCUGCUGCCCUCACAGCUCUCCUGCUGCCCUCACAGCUCUCCUGCUGCCCUCACAGCUCUCCUGCUGCCCUCACAGCUCUCUUGCUGCCCUCACAGCUCUCCUGCUGCCCUCACAGCUCUCCUGCUGCCCUCACAGCUCUCCUGCUGCCCUCACAGCUCUCUUGCUGCCUAAAGCUGAGCGCUCUUUGCUCAGUUCACUACACUUGACUUCCUCAAUCCUCUUAAUGCUCCACUCGCAUCUUCUCUCCACAAAAACUCCGAUCUUUUCAUUCCAUGUGUGCCGCAUUGUGUUCUUAUGUGCCGCCAUGAGUUGCCAUCGUCUGCCCGUGCUCCCGUAUGCUGCCAUGUGUAGGAAGCACGCCAAUUUUCAAAUGGAGAGAGUAAGUGGAGCUGUUGGAUAUAUCAUGGCAAGUAUGGGCGGAACACACGAGUGGAAAGAGGCGAUGGAGAUGAGAAUGAGGGCGCUUGGCGUGAAGGUGGAAGAGACAAGGAAGGAGUUGGAGGAGGCUGAGAGGAAACGAGUGUUGGAGAUGGGUGAGGUGAGAGGGCAGAUGGAGAAGAGCGGGGAGGAUGUGGCAGCAGUAAAGGGAGAGUUGGCUGCAGUGCAGGGUGAGCUGGCAGCUGUGAAGAGGGAGCUGGCUGAACACAAGGAUGCUAUGGCAGAGCAAGUGGAGGCUAGAAAGGAGUCGAGUGAGAUUAGGGAAGAAUUGGCAGCAUUGAGAAGAGACUUGAGGAGGCAAAAGGACUUUGUGAAAAGUCAGUUUGAAGAGGCUGAGAAAAGACACACAGAGAACUUCAUAGAGCUGAGAGGACAGGUGGAGGAGAGGAAGAGGGAGUUGGAGAAGGCUGAGAGGAGACGAGUGGCGGAGAUGACCGUAGAAUUGGCAGCAGUGAAGAGGGCGUUGGCUGGGCACAAGGAUUCUAUGAUAGAGCAACUCCGUAUGGCUGAGAGAAGAAGGGAAUCAGGUUUGGAAGAUCUAAUUGAGGAGGUUAGAAAGAAAGAGGAUGACAUGAGAGCGGGGUUGGCAAGGGAAAGGGAGGAGAGGAGGAGGGAGGUGCAGGAGUUGAAUUGGCCACGUGCCAUGGAGAAAUUGGCAGCCUGCAGGAGUUGGGUGAAUGUUGAGAUGGGAAUCAUCCGGAAUGAAGUUGAUCGGAAGUCUGCAUGGGAGGUUAGUGCUGAAUGA